GUCUAGCCCUAGGGCUUAGGCCUACCACGGGCUUUCAAACAGCUCGGUAGAGUAAUAUACAUGAUAAAGGGCCUUCUUUAGGCUAACAUGUACAUCGAAGGAGGAAUUCUGAUCUAAACAUGGCAAGGACAAAACAAACUGCCAGGGCAUCAAAGGGUAAAAUGCCACAAAAGAAUAUAAAACUAGUGGUGGUUGGAGAUCAUUCAUCUGGGAAAACAGCGCUGUUAAUAACCUACACGACCAAUGCAUUCCCCACUGAUUAUAUUCCUACAGUAUUUGACAACUACAGUGCUAAUGUAAUAGUUGCUGGUAACAAUAUCAGCUUAGGAUUAUGGGACACCGCUGGACAAGAGGACUAUGACAGGUUGCGCCCCCUAUCCUAUCCUAAUACAGAUGUCUUCGUAGUAACCACAUCUGUGCAGAGUUUGGAAGGGUUGAAUAGCAUCAAAGAUAAAUGGAUUCCUGAACUACGACACCAUUGCCAUGGUGUCCCGAUUCUAAUUGUUGGAACAUGUUGUGACGCGAGGGACAAAAAAGUAGAAGAUGGUGAAUCUCCCAAACCAUUUAUUUCAAAAAAGGACUUUGAAUUGUGUGUAAAUCUGACUGGUGCUUAUGGCUACAUGGAAUGCUCAGCUUUAACAGGUCACAAUGUUAGUGAUGUAUUCAAUCAAGCCAUAAGGGCUGCUCUUAAGCUUCCCUUUGCACCAAAUGCCCCAACUGCGUCAAAUGAAGCAGAAACAGAGUUAGAAAAAGACAGGGAAUUGUUGGACUCUGUUGAUGUCAAGAGUUAUGAAGCAGACUGGCUACUCUACAAGAGAGAUGGUAUCAUCCUGGAUGACUCAUUGUAUCCCAAUGACUUUGCAUCAAGAAUACGACUCAGAGAGAAUGGAUGUUACGCCUUAGAUGGCUGGGAGGAUGUUAUACAAAGAAUAGGUCUCGGAGAGGUUGCUCCCAAUAACACACAGAAAAAAGAAGCGAAGAAAGAGUUCGAUGAGCGUAAGAGAGAGCUGGAUAGCGAAUAUGAAGGUGAUGAUGACGAGGAAGAGGAAUAUGAUGAUGAAGGAGUUAAGAAGAAAGUUGCUAAUCCAGACAUUGUCUCUCACCUUCAUUUUGUGACAAACCCCUAUCUCACAGACCUUUGUCUCUACAAGUUCUACCAAAUGAAGGAGCGAUUCAAGCUAGAGACUGUGUUAAUAAUGAACUGCCCAAACAUCACAGAUGAUGGUAUAUAUUGGCUACAUAGGCUAAUGCAGGAGGGGAGGGACAAAGAUGACAUUAUUAAAGUCAGACUUGAUGCCUGCCCAAACAUCACAGGGAAAAGCGCAGCAUUGUUCUCUCAUGAUGAAACCACAAUGUCCGUCUUUAACUUCACAACUAUCACAUAUGCUAAUACGGCAACAGAACGAGAAAAGAGAUUUAAACCUAAAGGGAGGGCUACGAUUAAUGAGAAAAUUAAAGUUCAGCAAAUAGACUCAGACGAGGAAUUUACGUUUCCAAUUGUGGUUGUACCUAAGAAUGAGACAGAAAGUGCACAAGUGACAGAAGUGAUGAAAGCUUUGUGUGAUAAUACUAACGUACCAGAUGAGGUUGGGGAAAGGUCUCACCUCUUUCAAACUGGUAAAAGAGAGAUUAACGAUAAGCAAUGGAAGUUUAUGAUCUUCAACCCAUUUAAGGAUGGAUUUGACAAUGUGUUACCAAGGAUUGUGAGUCUCGUAGUGAUUCCUGUCGACUUAACCCAGGACUCCAUGAUCUCAAAAAGACACAUCAUGCAAACUGUGCUCUUUUUCAUAAGCAAGCAUGGGUAUUCCAAAUCAGAUGGUUCCCACUACACUGGAUGUAGGUUCCUUGUCAUUGGCACAAGUGCAACAGCCAGUAUUGACCAACUAGACACAAUAGUACAGGACUGUGUAGGGGAACUACAGGAACAAGCAACAUUUGGAGCUGAAGGGUUAAAAUCCAAAAUGCACAUGACUUUACAAGAUGAGAAACAGCUGGGUAUGCUGUAUCUACUUGAGGCAGUUGCUAAGCAACUGUGUAACAGCAUGAAGAUGGAAAACCCAGUUGAUAGGCCAAUAUAUACACAUUUGUAUAAGGACCAAGAUUUACUCUUGGCUGCAUUAGGCUCACAGUUAAAAGCCAUAUCUCCAGGAGUUCGACACCUCUACUCUGGUGAGGAUUCUUCAGACAUGAUGGAUGAUAUUGAUGAUGAAAGCAAUGCAAAAUUUUUGGAUAUUGCAAAUCUACUAUCUAUUGAAAUAGAAGAUGCUACCAGUUUCUGUAUGCAGAAGUAUCCCAUUUUAGACAACACUUUGCAAGUGUUACAUGAUGAAGGUGAUGUUUUGUAUUUUCGAAACCUAGAACAACCUGUGGUUCUGAGAGACUUCACUUGGUACAGCAAGAUCUUGAAAUUGAUCACAUCAGAAAAUAGUUGUACUACCCCCAGUAAGAGACUGCAAACUCCUUGUUUACCUCCUGGGACUCCUGUAUGGAGUGUGGAGCAGUUAGUCAAGGCUAUUGAUACAUUAAAUGAUCCAAAGGAUCAAGGAGUAGAAGAGUUUGUACAGUUGGUGUCAGAGAAAUUGAUACCAUUACUGGAACAUCAAGGUUUGCUGGUUCGUCUGCCAUGUCUGAGGACACAACUUGAUGAAGAGAAAUAUGUCUUUGUACAUGUACCCAGUAUUGAAAAACCUGAAGCACCUUUGAUGCCUGCAACUCCGGAUGCUGAGGUCCCAAGGGAGAUUGUGACCAAGGUGUAUAACUUCAAUUGUGACAUAUCACAAGGUCUCAUACAACAAAUCGCUGCUGUUUGCUCAAGGUUUGCCAAGUUUGUUGUCCUGGCCAAGGAGGGAAUGUUGAUACACCAGGGUGGUGCUGAGGUUCUGAUAAAGACUGUCACAAAUGAUGGCUGCAGUAAAAUGACACUACAGAGUAGCACAGUGAGUUACAACAGGGAAAGUGCCCUUGUAUCAGGCUCAGAGAAAGUUUACAAGUUUGUCUGCAGUGUAUUCUACCUCUAUGCUGAUGUCAUAGAUCAUGUGAUCCAAACACACUAUGGUCCAUUUGUCGCUAUGAUCACUCAGCCGUCUACAUUGCCUCAUAAUCACUCUAUAUGUUACAACCACAACUGGCAGGUUUUCAAUGGAAAUCCUAGCUUCAGGUCCAUCUGUACAUUGUGUGGUCAUUGUAUGAUAGCAGGAAUGGAUUGUCCAUAUGAUGGCAUAUUACAAGAGUAUACCCAACGUUGUGGCUGCACUGGGGAGAUCAUAGGUUGCCUUGAUUGUGGUAUUUGUACCAGCUGUGCAUCAUAUUUUUGGAAAAUCAAAUCUUACUUGAGACCUGGAUACUGCAGCAGUGACAUAAUCACAGAAAGUACAAGGGAAUUUCCCAUUUCUGAUUUUGGGUCCACUGAUUCAGAAGAUGAAGAUGAAUUUAAUAUUCACUCUAUGAUGCUAGAUGUACCACUUGACCCUUACCUCAACAAUAAAGCCAGCAUUUUAAUACAGAGAGCUCAACUGAGUGUACCUUUCUUGACAAGUGAGAAUCACAACAUUUCUAUUUAUCUGGAUGGAACUGCAUUUACUGGCAGUGAUGUUGUCUAUCAAUUGAUUGGCUCUAGUGAUAAUUUAGAUGAUCAUGAUGCUAAUUCAGAGUUGGACAAUCUAAAUGGAAUGCUCAACAUCAAACUUUCAGAUCCAGCUGCCCAUUCACCAAAGGAACAUAUGCCAGCCCCAAUAAUGGGGCCAUUUGGUGUAUAUGAAUACCGCUAUUGUUGGGCAACAGAGAUCUGGCCAGAGAAGGCUGUUCUAUGCCACAGCCCAGAAGUUUAUACAGAAGAUGAAUACAAAAAUGGAAGCAAGAAUCCGGGACUAUACAUGGCCAAGACUCCAUUAUUUUCUGUGAAUGAAGGCAAGAAUUCACAGAAAGAUGGUAAAAUAAAGGAAUUCAGCUUGGAGAUUUUAGUUGAUGAGAGAAACAGUGUCCUCAUUGGUCUGGCUCCUGCUGAUGUUGCAUUCUGGGAUAUAAAUCAUGAUAAACGACGACAUGUUUAUAUGUGGAAUCCAAUAGCCGGAAACGAAAAUAACCACCCUGAAGUCAAAAGAGAAACAGAUGUCUAUGAUUCGGAUGAUGAAGAUGACUUUGAGGGUGACGAAGACAAUGAAGAUGAAGACUAUGGUGAAGAUGAAGAUUUGCAGGAGAUUCUGAAUGAUAUACAAGCAGAGGAUGAAGAGGAUAAUCUGCAAAGCUCUACACAAGCGGUACCAAAUGUACAACCGCAGAGAACUCGAGGUUACAUGCAUGCUGCUCCUAGACAGCAACUGGCAACACGAGCUGCUAGACCUCCGGUGCCCCGUGAUGGAGCCAUAUCUGUAGGUCUCUUGGAAGAGUCCAACAGGCUUGAUGAUUUACCUGAUCUUCAGCUGAAUAAUGAUCCUGCACUGUCCAAUGUGAACGUAUUAUCUACAAACUUACAGGCGCGCACUUUGACAACCAAUACCAAUGCCAAUGCAAAUGAUAACCUCCUCAGAAGUGCAUUGUUUCCAGAUGCUAAUACAAGCAAAGAAGAUGCACAAAAUAAUCAGGCAAAUUUCUUGGAAGAACUCAAAAAGAAUGUUCCCGUGUUUGAUCCAGAUGUUAAGGCUGGUUUAAAGGUUAAAAGUGCCAAGGAGAAAAAGAUAAAGCCUAGGGGUGUGAAAGAUUCUAUCAGAGUAGUUGUAACAAGGGGUAAAGGAAAAGACGAGGACAAAAUAACCAUCCAGAUGUACGUAAAUGGUGUUCUUGAUAAACAGAAUAAUGAGAAAACAUUCUGUGAUGUCCCCAGUGAAUUGGAAUUAUUUGCAGCAGUCUCUCUUGGGGCAGAUAACAUUGUAAAACUUGGCAGCGACUCUGUUUGGUGGGGAAAAACUGAGGCCACUUUUACAGACACCAGCUACAAGGCAAAUGGACUUCAUAUAAGUGGAAUGGACAACAACAACAUUGAUCUUGAAGUACAGAGGAAGCUUCUGUUCCACAAUGUAUCUGAAUCCCCACAGCUCAUCCAUGUUAAGUGCUCCAACUUUAGUGAUGAGACUUACAUCACUCAACUGAUUGUCUUACCUGAUGGCUAUGAAUCGGUGGGACUAAUGCACAUAGAUGAUUCAGAUGAACCCAUUGACAUUGAAGUAGCUUGGUGCGAAACGGACCUGAAGCAAAUCAAAUCUGUAAAGGCAUUUGAUGCGAAAUUAGAUACGGCCAAGGAAAAAAAUGAUCUACAUCAAGUCAAAUUCAAAGGUCUCUUGGAGAACAACCAGCAUAAAAGGAUGAUUCGACAGUUGGACCUCAAAUCAGAAAAGGGAAAUGAAACAUUUUAUCUCUUCAAUAUGAAGAAUCUAAAACCUAAUCAAACUUACUGGCCUAGACACAUAUUCCAGGAUUGUUACCUCCUUGAUAUGUGCACCUACUCACAAGAGAACGAUCAAUUGGUCCACCAUAUCUUCUAUAUACCCAGGCUGAGCUAUAAGCUUGUACUAGAAACCAAUACAAGCAGUGUUCUGGAUUUUCUACCAGAUAGCAAAUUCUUUCAGUGUCCAUUGCUACCAACAGCUAGUCCAAGGCCUUAUACACCAGCGAGAGGGAGUUAUGUUGGAAUCAACAAGGUAGAACAAGGUGCUGUGAGCAGGCUAUUUCAAAACAAAAAUUUCAAAGAAUCUAAACAAAGGAAGGGAUUGGCGAAGGAACGCUUUGAUGAAUUCGUAGAAAAAGUACAUCUUGACCUCGAGAUUGAACCGGAACAGGAACAAGAAGUUGAAACACGAUUUACAGAUUCGGAGGAUGAGUGGUUGAUGCUUCCUAUAUUAAACAUAGAAAAUAGACAGGGAAGUUUUGAAGAUGUUGGCAAAGACAUGAAUGUCGUUAGCUUUAAGCAGAAGCUGUCCCAGGAGAAUGUCUUGACCCCAGGGUGGCAUGAACUUGCCAUAGCUUGCAUGACACCCUCAGCAACUGAGAAGAGACUUGCAAAAAUUCGAGAGAGAAAUGUGUCUGAAUUAUGUCCUGAUUUAGCACUGGAGAAGAAACUUAUUGAAAAACAAAUACAUUUGACUUGCGAAAAUCAAGUAAAGUCAUGGACAGCGCAGAAAAUAGACUUGCUAGCCCUGUGGGUGGAAAGAACCUGUCAAGUCUUGUUAACAUCCAACCCUGCUGAAGCAAGAGAGCUUGCAAAGGAUAUCAAUGAUGCCAUAUCUGUGCAGUCUUCAAACCCUCGUUUGGCUACAAAAAAGGUUGCAAAAACCAAGAGCAAGGCUCCAAGUAAAUUAUCCAAUAAUUCACAAAAUGAGACGAGUAGCAUUGCAGCUAUUUUAGAUGCCCUGAAAGCAAUUAAAGCUCCACAAAGUAUGAUUGAAAGAACAAGGGAAAAUCUGUCGCAUGCUACACAAACAGGCCAUCUCUUCCUGGAUGCCUACAAGAAACUGCUGGAUGCAUUGAUCACAAGUCGAAGCUAUGCCCAGAAUUACUCUACAUGUGUUCAUUGGCCUUACUCUGUAACAGUGCACUCACGUUACAUUGGGGCCCCCUCAGAACAUUACAAAGAAGCCACAACAAAGUCCAACUUUAAGAUGUAUUUUCCUCUGCCAAGCUCAAUACAUAUAUCUGAUAUGACACUGCCAUCUAUUGACAAGAUCUACGAUGCAGGAAACAUCUUGUUACACAGAAUAUGUUCACUGGAAGAGUCUUCAGAUGCGAUCUUUAAGAAUAGGACCCCUGAAGGAGUACUCUACAGGCAGUCUCAUAUACUCUACCAAAAGGGGACUCCAAUAGAAGGUGGCCUACCAGACAAGACCCUGGUGUAUCAUGAAUACAACCGUUUGAUAAGGCUUGACAUUGCUCUAAUGACAAAGCUGAGGUUACCGAAUUUUGAAGGUAUACUAGGGUUACAGGAUGGUUGUGGAGUUGAUCAGGCUGUUGUGGAAACCCUAAUGACACGUUUCCUGCUCUUCUACCUUAAGUCAAGUUACUUCUAUGACUCCACCAACAGAGGCAAGAAACACAAGUGGAAACCAAUACUUAGUAAAGUGGAUGUACCCAUGUGUCAAACUAAGAUUCAUGUCUCUGAGAAAUAUGAAAAUGAGAAGGGUGGCCAUGUUGGCAUCAGUGUGAUUGACUUAGAAGCAAUCCCUGAUAAAUCAAUGCCACAUAAUCUCACUAUCAAAAUACCAGAUCCUUCAACACUACUUGAUCUGAGCCUGUUUACCAAUUUGGUGUCAUUGCGGCUUGACUUGGCAGAAGAUCGUCGCAUUGAUGGAGAAUGGACAAUUCCUGAUUUCUCAAGAUGUCCAAAACUCUCAGACCUUUCAGUGAGGUUUAAUGGUACAUGUUUUUCUGAGGAACAUACAAGGAAGCUUGGAAUCAAGAUACUGGAGAUUGCAAAAACGUACAUAGAGACACUACCAGAUCAUUUAUUUAGUCCUGCAAUACAGCAAGUGAAAGUGGCUCAAAGUCCAUUAAGAUGUGUACCCCAGUCACUUUGUGUUGUAAACCUUACAAAGCUCAGACUUGAGGGUACUAUGGUGUCUUCUCUACCCCCAGAGCUAGCUUUGGCUCAGAAUCUAAUCAUGUUGAAGAUUGGAGGUAUACCGUGGUAUGAGACAAAGGGUCUGUAUGAAGACGUCAAAAUCCCCAAAGAGAAGUUCCUCGAAGAUCCUAACAUGAGUGGUAUCCAGUUCAUACAGAGAUUGCUACCACAGUCAACAAUUGAUGAACUGUUUGAUAAAUAUGACAUCGAUAGCAACAAAAUGCUGGACAGGAGAGAAUUAGCGAAUCUGAAUGCUGAUCUAUUUUGGACCAUUCCCCGUCUGGGUUGCAGUAUGAAGGAUGCAGCAUCUGGAGGAUUCCCAGAGGUGAUAUGUUCUUUGAAGAAACUGGAGUUUCUAGAGUUGACACACACUACUAUACGACAUUUGCCUGCAAGUGUGGAGAGACUGACAAACCUUAAGAAGCUGUUACUACAAAAUAACCCAUUGUUUGAGAGCCUACCCCCUGAGCUCGGAAACCUCAGUCUGGAUGCCUGCUUUCUGUCACACUGUCCUUCACUGAAAACACCUCCUCAUGAAGUGAUCAGCCAUGGGACUGGACCAACUAAUGCAUACAUGAAACGCCUCAUUAAAGGAUCCACUGAGUGCAGACGUACUAAGCUCAUGCUCGUGGGCCUUGGGGGAGCUGGGAAAACAAGUUUGCUAAAAGCUUUAAUGAGCAGCCAGAACAAGACAGUGGAGACAAAGGGUGAAGAAAUCACAGAUGGGAUAGAUAUUCAAAAUUGGACUGUCAUGUAUGAUGAUGGUCUUGGAGUGACAUUUAGUGUGUGGGACUUUGCGGGCCAAACCAUCUAUUAUAAUACACAUCAGUUUUUCUUGUCACAGCGUGCUGUAUAUUUGCUGCUGUGGACAACACGAUUGGGCCAUGAACAUGCUGGGCUAGAUUUCUGGCUAAGUUCCAUCACCAGUCAUGCCCCAGACACCCCAAUCUUCAUAGUUGGAACCCAUAUUGAUCAGGUGGCUAAAGCAGAGAUCCCCAUGGAUAAACUGAAGAAGCGUUACCCACAGAUUGUUGGGUUCCAUUUCGUCAGCUCCGUCAAAGGAACAGGUAUAAGUAAACUGAAGGAUGAUUUGAUGACAGAGACGAUGAAGCAGCCUUAUAUGGGAGAGAAGAUCCCACAAGCCUGGCUAGACCUUGAGAAAGAGAUGAUCAGACUCUCCAAGGAGAAGACUGUGAUCACAUGGAAUGCAAUGGAGGAAUUAAAUCUUGGCACAAAGUGUGGCAUCUAUGAACAUGACGAUAUGAAAGAGGCUAUCACAUUCCUGACUUUCCUGGGAACCGUGCAAUACUUUGACAAUGAUUACCUGCGAGAUUGCAUCGUCAUUGACCCUCAAUGGAUCGUGGAUGCCAUGUCAUGUGUGGUGUCUGUCAAACAAUCACCAAUCAAAAAUGGACGCUUUCAACAUCGUGACUUGAAGCGUGUGUGGCCGGAAACACUUUUGAAAAAUGCAAUUCAUUCCAAAGGAAAAGGACAAAAAAAGAUUAACAUGCAUGAGUGGCUGCUACGCCUGACAGAAGAGUUUGACCUGACAUUCCCCCUGCCUGAUGAGCCAGUCAGUAUUGUUCCUUGCCUCCUAUCCGAACAAGAACCAAAGUUUGAGUGGCCUCCAAAGGACGAGGUCCCUGGGACACGUGAGAUGAAGAUGGUGUAUCAGUUCACAUAUCUGCCAACCGGAUUGUUCAACAGAGUCCAAGUUCGUCUCUUCCAGUUUUCAAACAAAGCUGCAAUAUGGAAACGAGGUUCCAUUUUGAACAAGAAUAACCACACAGCUUUGAUAACACAUGACAAGGAUCUGUCUGUGAUUGUAAGGGGGCCCCAACCAGAAAAUGUUCUGUUCUUAAUACAUGAAGUCCUGGAGGGUCUGAUUGCGGAGUCAUUUCAAGGGGUAGACUACACUUUCCAGAUACCAUGUCCUGACUGCAUGAAUAAAGUGGGCACAAAGGAUCCCAGCAUGUUUGACCAUCACCUGGUACAUAUGGCUGUUGAUGUAAAGGCGCCAUUUCUACAAUGUCGUAAAUACUUCCACAGCAUCUCGAUGGCUGAACUUCAAGCGGUCAUGCCUCCGAGCAAUGCAGUUGAGUUCAACAUCAAUUUAGAGCAGACAAUACGUCAACUGCAAGAUGUCCACAGGGAUAUGUCAGCUGACAUCUUUUUCUGCUAUUGUCAAGCAAAUGCGCCACCUGGUGAUGAUUCUGUUGUCCAGCCUGAGAAGGUGAAAGUCGACUUGGAAAACUUGGGAUACAAAUGUUGGUAUCGUGAAGAUAUGGGCCUCUGGUCUUUCAAUGAUUUGGUGGUUCCAAUAAAGGAUGCUAAGAUGGCGCUAGUGUUUAUGUCAGAUGAGUUUGCUGCAGAUGCCAAAUGUCAGGAGCUGUACCAUUAUAUUAAGUUGACUCUAAAGAAGCCAUGUCAGAUCAUUGCAGUGGGAGCUUCAUAUGACUGGAAACAAACUCCAGCUGGACUCCUAGUGGGAGAGGAGGUAUUUGUCAACAUGAGACAACUUGAGAGAUAUGAGGCUAAAUUAGAAGAAUUGAAACAAGCCGUUACCCAGACUCUCAAUCAAACAGCAAAUGAGGAUCUUCAUCCACCAUGCUUCAUAAGUUACUGCUGGGCAAACAGUAGCCAGGCAGUUAAACUGGGCACCAAAGCAAAAGAUGGCUCUGUUGGUUGGGGAGACCCAAGGGACAUGAAGGAUAUGUUGGAAAAAAAUGGAAUAGAUUGUUGGAUAGAUAUUGAACAGACUGGGCAGAAUGACCUGUUUGAGUCGAUCAGUAAUGGACUAAGGCAUUCUAAGGUUGUGGUAGUAUGUGUAUCUGAGCAGUAUGCUGACUCUACCAACUGUAUGAUGGAGCUGAGGUUUGCCGCAUGUGCAUUGAAUAAACCAAUCAUUGUAGCCAUAGUUGGAAAUUCCAAUAACUGGAGGUACACAGAGGCAGCAAUGCUGACAGGGCGUGGAAAGUCUGACGAAAUUAACUUCCAGGAAAAGAGUGAAACUGCAUUUGAUAAACUAUUAGAGAAAGUAAAAACAAUAAUAGAUGUUGAAAAACACAAAGAAUCAGAGAAAGCAAAAUAUGCUGGAAAAGAGAGACCAUCAAGGCCUACAAGUGCGGCCUCUCAAAGAUGCAAAACUGAUGAAAAUGACUCUGGUUGUUUUAAAACCAAUGAUACAGAAGUUUCAUAUCAGGAAGUUUAUGAAUUAGCUCAGAGGAAAUUCAUGCGCUUAUUGGAGGUUUUACAACACAAGGGAGAAAUCAAACAUGCCAUAUAUCCACGUCUCUGUGUCCUUGACCUCAUGGAGGCUGAUAAAGAUGGCACUACUGAAAAGCAGACGUAUUGUUUCAGAAUUCUCUGCGAGUAUGAAAAUGGAUGGCAUAUAUGUGGGAAUGCCAUACCAUACACUGGUGAUGAAAGUUCUGCUACAGCCCUCAUAGACAAGUCAACUGCCUACCUCGGGAGACUUCUCACCAUCCUCAAGUACAGCAAUGUUGGCCUUCAGUUCUUCACAACAGGGGAAGAAAAUGAACAACUUGCCAAGAGAAUCCAGAAAAAUGCCAUGCGUGGGAUGGAGGGAUCAGAUAUUGGCCAAGCAUAUAAUGUUUUAAGAGAUGAACUCAUAUUUCAUGAUGAAGAGUCUGUUAAAGGCAACCUAUCAAGAUGUCAUCUGCCAACAGGGAAAAUCCAUUGGUUGUGUGCUGACCAUCAGCAGGGCAGUCGUAUUACUGUGCUUUCUGACACAACCAUUGCUGAUGUCCAAACUGAGGUGGUCAAUGCACAUGACUUCCUCCUCAAGGAGUAUGUUGAGAAGCACCCCAAAUAUGCAAAGUUCCUCAAUGACACUAACAUGGAGAAGAUAAGAAGGGGUAUCCACUUAAAAAGAGCUCCUACUGUGCUGAGUAUGACAAGUCCUACAGGCACCUCACCUAAUGGCCAAUCUGAGACUGACUCCAAUAAUCAACCAUUACGUAGUAGAAGUCCAUUGAUGCCUGAAGGGACUGAGGAUAAGAGCAAGAAGCUCAGGGUUGCAGGUAUUGCUGCAGCUACAGUCAAUCCUGCAGCUAGUAGAGGAAGUGGUCAGAAGCCCAGCAGUCAGGCAUGUGUUAUAUUAUAGACUCUGGAAUAUGAUGCAGCAGCUAGGCCCGUAUCAAAUCUGACUCCCCCCUCCCUGGCACGCAGUGCAUAGUCAUUCUACCACUUUGGACACUAGAGAUCUGUGCAUUUGAUAUAUAGUUCGAAGUAAUGUACAUUUAGAAUCAGUGACACUUAUCACAAAAGUGAUAGCUCAAUCCUCUACUUGUCAAAAUAAGAUAACCACUGAUUUGCUAUGGUGUUUUUUUUAUACAUGUUGAAAUCAACUUUCCUUGAUUAUAACUAGAGCUUAUGUCGUAUCUUAAGACAUUAUCAUAAAUAUUUUGUUGAUCUGAUAUACAAGUA